AUGUCGACCUCGCCGCGCAGCUACAGCUCCUCACCCGAUAUCCUUGGACCACCAGGAGAUGCUCAGUAUUUGAUUUCCUCGCCUAUUAAACCGUUUGUCGGGCGCCAAAGCUGGAUGUCUCCUAUGGUGGGAAAAUCCAAAUCCCGAACUCCGGCCAAACGACCGCGAUCGCGCGUCAGUCUGAGUCCUGCGAAGAGCGCGCAUUCAAUUAAAUUCAGCGAUGUUAUACUGCCUGGUUCGCCAACUAUGAAACUCAACGGAGGUCGUCAAAGGUCCAUUUCGCCGGAGAAACUUCAGCAGGACGGAAAUGUCAGCCCGUGGCGCAUUCGACUCACGCUCGAGGCGACUCAAGAUGAAGAGGAUGAGAAUCGGGGAAGCCCUUCGCGCAAACGAAUUAAACCGUCGACUGUCACAACAAUGAUACCAUUAAAAGAUGAAAGGAGUCCAUUGAUGGAAAAAACACCCUUAAGGCGGCGAGGUCGUCCACGCAAGUCGGAUAUGACUCUUUCUCCUUUUUUGGGGGCCCUGGGAAUACUCCCCGGCCAGGGAACACCCCUGGUCCUGGUCAUACCCCUGGUCCUGGUCAUACGCCUGGGCCAAAAGUUGAAGAUUCUCAACCUCGAAAAAGAGGCCGACCACGGGCAAGAUUUCGAAAUGGUGGAAGACGAGCCAACUCCGACGGUUGAACACACGGAGCCUUUUAGUCCGAUGGAUAUUGUUCUGAAUAGUGAAACCAGUUUAGGUCAUCAAUUCAGCCCAAUGGACACCAUCACCAGUGAAGCUGGCCUGGAGCGACAAUCCAGUCCAAUGGACACUGGCAGAAGUGAAGCUGGUGUGGAUUAUCAAGCAUUCAGCCCGUCGAACGCCAUUAUGCACGAGGCUGCUUCCUUUCAACGACGCUACAGUCCAAUGAAUACCGUCAACAGCGACGCUGACAGGAUCCAAGAACAAUUAAGUCCGACGGAUUCUUUUGCUGGAAGCAACGCCCACGCCAGUCCAAUAGACUUGGUUGGUGAUGCAGUAGCCUCUGACGACGACUCCUGGGGGAACUCUGAAAUGUCCAUUGCGGAUCUUGGUGAUCCUACCGAACUCAUCACAAACAACACCGAGCCCCCGCGCCGUGAAUACGGCAGAACUAGCCUAGAUACACCUGUAAUUGGAGCUACAGAACACCACUUUCUGGACGAUGAAAACAUUCACUCUACUCCUUCCAAGAUGCCUUCACCUACUCGCGAACGAGCAAUCCGGUCAUCAAGGUCUUCUCACGAUAUGGCCAGUCCACAAUCACGCACCUAUCCUACUCCAACCCCUACCUCCUCGCUUGCCGACGAAGAGAGCCAAGCCCAGGAGAAUGAUGUUGAUCAGCAUGCAGGGACAGAUGUUCAGCCUGCUGAGGCCGAUGCUGUGGAUGAUCCUACAGACGAUCACGAAGAAUACGAAGAAUACGACACCAUCAUGGAAAGUGAAGGUUUCACAAUGAUCUCACUCGAUACACUCCCAUCUGCUAAACAGCACGGUUUCGGCUCCAGCGCCAUGACCAAUGGAGGCCCCAAGCCGAAGGAAGUUGGAGAUCGCUUAAAACGCAAACUCCCGGGAACAAUCGAAGACCUUCGCAGUGAUUCUCAUGCCCGAAAGUCCUCUAGUCCCCUUUCUACGAACAUGGUACCUGGAUCGCAUGAGAGAACUAAAACUCAUAUUUCUGAUAAUCUCGCUGCAAAUGCAAAUGCUCGACCUAUUGUCAACCAUGUAAAGGGCGUCACUUAUCCCGAACUUCCAGCAGUGCCUUCUCCCGCUAAGGUGACGAUUGCGCCGAAAAAGAAAACUUUCACUAGCCUAGCAAAACUUGUCCGUGUUGCUCUCGCCCUGCAAGGUCCCUUUCGUCCACAAGGACAUGAAUGGUCCGGUCAGAACAAUGUACAGCACAAAAGGCAACGCCUACAGGGCCUUUUCAGCACGUUUGGCAUUGAAACACGGCGGGAAUUGAGCAUUGCAAUGGGUCUGGGGCAGGAGAUCGCUGUGCGGCGCAUGAUAGAAGAAGAAGCAGCGGCAGCGGCGGUCGCAGCUGAGCGUGCAGCAGCUCGUUUCGAAGAGCAAGAGGAACCCCACGACGAUGAGUUUGACGAGCUCGAGCUCGACCAGUCACUGGAAGGCGAGGUGGAACAAGCUCGCCCCUUUGCAAAUAAAGCAGAGAAGCACAAAGACACGAUGCAAUCCCCACAUUUCAGACCCAACAACUCCAUGCAGCAAAGCCCAAUGUCACAGCAAAAGCGACAGCGGGAGAUACAAUGGCAGCUCGAGCGAGAAGCCGUCAGCCGCCAGGCCCAGAUGGCAUCAGCCUCGAGGUCGGUGGUCUAUAUCGACAGCGAUGACAAUGUACCAGAAGCGGAGGAAGCUGAUGAGCCUGGAGCUGGACUUUCAUAUGACGACCAACCUCAGCUAGAGCCCAAACUCAAGCCACAACCAGCCUCACAUUUGGAUCCAGAAGUUGAUAAUCAGCCAGAUCCCGUGGAGGAUGAAGAUGAUGGCUAUGAUGAUAUCUGGCAACUCGAAGCCAAUGAACAUAGCUACUCUCAACACUCCGAGGACGACAACAUCCAGUCCCACCCUAUAGAACCGCCAACCCCUCUGGGCAAUCUCUAUCCAGCCCCCGCAGGUCGGGAGCGAUUGAGCUCAUCCCCUCAGGCCCCAUCGGAGCAUGAUCUUGUAGCGCGUCUAGGCCCGUCCAAAGUGCGCGAACUCCGUGAGCAAAAGGUUGAUCUAUCUGCUUUGUUAGCGCAAGAAGAUACGCCUAAUCGCGCCCGAUACUACAAUGGGACGAGCACUCCUCGCAGUGUACUGAGUCGCCCAUCAGGGACACAACAUUUGCCACUCAACAGCUCUGUCGUGAAGCAAACGGUGUCGCGUACUCCAGCACAUAUUAGAUUGCAGCCACUCUCACAGUCCAGUCCUGAGAUUGGCAGUCCACAAGUCUCGUUCCACGAAUGGGAAAACUCUCAGGCCAUAGAACAAAGCCCGGCUGAAGAACUACCAUUAGAAGAUGCCCAUGUUCGGAGCUCUAGCGCGGCUCGCAGUCCUUCAAAUCCUGCUCAGCCGCACUCUACCUCUACCCCGGGGCCCCGUCGGCCCAAUGAGGAGGCUCCAGGAUCCUCCUGGUUCUCGAAGAUCACUAGUUUCACUCCUCAAUGGCUGAAAGCCCCGAAACAUUUCCGCAGCUCGAGCGUCACUACUAUCCCUGAGGAGCAAUCUGACUCUGAAGGCGAGGAGGAUCUGGCCGGCAUCGAGUCUGCCAAAGAGCUCAACGAGCAGCUCCAUGAUGAGAUGCUCUCAAAUCAAGGGCGCCAAUCGCCCGCAAGUCAUUGGCAAGAAGCUUCUCACUCUCCCCGGGCACAGCAGCAUCUCCAUCCUACAAUGGAGGAAGAGGAACAACCCAUUUACGAGAGAAGCUCCUCUCGGCAUCUUAUGGACGAACACGAAGAACCAGGGUCUGAGCGAGAUGAUUUACAAAACCUCUCGGAAGAUGAGGAUGCAGAACCUGUCACCCACCAAAAUGAGGCGUCUCCUGGGCCACGACCACUUGCUGCGUUCGGAUACUUCUCCGAUGAGCAUUAUGUUGCUCUUCGCCGAAUCUACCGGAUUGCCAAGCGUUAUCCCGAGCGCUUUGAAUACUACGAUGCCCCGGGGCGGGCUGCCAUCAUCGGUGAUUGGAUAUGGACCUCGGAUGGCCAUCACGGGGUACCCAUCACAGAGAUCCAAUUUGCUAUCAUCGACCGCUUUGCUCAGGACCUUUCUCGGGCUGACAUCCAAUAUGGUGGCAGUGGACAUAUUGAUUGGACCGAAGCUGAUCUACACCGGCGAUUGAUUAGCAUUAUCAUUGGCGAGCAGAUCCGAGAUGAGAGAAAGGCCAAGGCUAACCGGGGUGCUUCCGUGGAUACAUGGCGAUGA